GAGCUGUUCCUUUUCCGGGUUCACGCCGUAGUGCACAGGCUCAGCUGUCAGUGUGCGGCUUCAGGCAAUCGAAAAGCUGUCAGAUAUAGUUGUUGCAAUGUGCGACAUGUCAUGGGAGUCGCGGAGUUGCGAAUCCUGGGCUGUAUUUUUCAAAUCGAAGCUGUUUUCUGCCUCUUCUCACGACUUUUCGGGCGCUGCUGCUGUGAUUGUAUUGCCGUGCUUGCCGAUGGGUUUCAUGCAACGCUACCAGAUGGCACUAGCCUCCGCGCAUGCCUAGGGAGCCUACAUGUAAGCUCUGUUUUAGGGUGGUGACAGCCCUUGUAAAUGUACUUACCGCCACCAGCUAGAUUAGUGGGUUAAGCUUACCGACAACUUAUAAGAUGGGGGAAGCAAAAUCGCGAAAAAGAAGCCCAACGGAGGAGUUUUGCUGCAACCUUUGGGGACGUGAAAGAAUUAAAUUUUACAACGAAGCUGUUAAGCGCUCCUUUACCCGCUAUCGUGUCGGCGUGUAGAAAAAAAAAAAGCCCGACGAUAGGGCAAUGGCGGGCCGACGCGCGGCGGAGGUUACGGAGGCGUUAAGAAUCAACGAAGUAUGUCGGUAUUGCUACAGCUCCCUACAUCACCCGAUGCCUUUUCUCGCCAUCGCGUGCUUUUUUUUUUAGAGCGAAGAUUUCUUUCCCUGUUCUCUCGAUUUUCCGGGCGUUGCUGUGAUGGUCUUGCCGUGCGUUCCGCUGGGUUUUUUGCAAUGCUACCAGAUGGCACUAAUCCCGUAUGGCACCGCUGUGACAGCGUUGAACAGUUUGUGCGUAUGGCACGUGCUGUGCUUGCUUUCCUGUACGACAGAAAUGCAGGUGCUCAGCUGUGGAGGUCGCGUGCUGUGCUCUGAUAGUGUAAACAUUACAAUCGUCCAUAGCCUGAAGAGAGCCCUCGGAGCUGGCGUCUUAAGCGUCUCGACAGCAUGCUCGUCAGGAAUGCAGAAGGAGCAGGUAAAAAAUUACCGACGAUUACGUUACUUCCUAAUGCGAAAUUUGAGCGCAGCAAAUAAGCUGUUUCACCUUUUCGAUAGAUUGAGGCAAAGAAAUCGAGCAACACAUGUAUGCGCUAUCACAGAAUUUUUUUUUAUGUUUGACACGUAUUCCUUUAACAAAGACUCCACUAACAGUUCUUGACAGUCAUGAAGGAAGCUUUGUGGUCGGAGAAAUAGACUGAUAGAUGUUCGACUUGGUACACCAAUGCUUGAUUCUCAAAGACGAGAUCUAUACAAGUGCCUCGCGAGGUUGUCACAGCCGUGGGACGCGUUACGAGCGAGAGGAACGAGAUGUUCUCCCGCAUAAGUGUUAGGAAAUUGCUGUUUGUCUUUAUGUCAACAUUAAAGUCCCCCACUACUAACAUCGGUGUGGAUCGAUGGACGGUUAAUGCGAGUUGCAGGAAGUGCACGACGUCUUUCGUGAGUGCGGUAGCGGACUCACGAAAGCGGUAUCAGUCGGUCGCUGCUAGCGCUGGGGGGAUGAAAGGGGGGCGGAGCUGGUUACGAGGCCGACGACAACGCCGACGACGACGCGAAACCCAGGAACGGACGCCAAAGAGCCAUUUGUGUAGCCAGCCCUCCUCCACAGUCUCUCCUCCUCCCUUCCAACGUCCUCCCUCGCCCGGAGAGCCGACAGCGCGCAUGCGCGGCGGCGGAGCAGAUUCGUCGGCGAGCUGGUUACGAGGCCGAUGACAACGCCGACGACAACGCCGACGCGAAACCCAGGAACGGACGCCAAAGAGCUGCGCUCUAAAAUUUGCAGGUAAAAGCAGGGGCAGCGCGGUUCACGGAUAGUGGUCAGAGUAGCAGGGAUACCUAUCACAAAGCGGCAAAUCCUCCUCAUGGCCAUCUUAAUUUUCAUAGUGACAACCGUGACUGCCGCCGUCGUCAUCCUGUUCAGACGAGAGCAGGAAACUGCUCCGACAAAGCCGUACUGCAAGACCAAAGAUUGCCUCGAUCACGCCUGGCGCCUUUCCGAUAAGCUAAAUAGCAGCCUCGAUCCCUGCCAAAACUUCGGGGCUUACGUCUGUUCCGCUUGGUCCCCACCAAAGGGGUACCUUGAACACUCUAACUCAGCCAUGGAUGACGUACGGAAAUCUUAGUUCCCACUGUUCGGAAAUAUUCUUAGAGAAGGCGCCAAGAUAAUUCGGGUUGGCCACAAGCCGCUAGUCAUGUACGCCACAUGCAUGGGCGACAGUAAACAGUACGGCUCGAACGUGGAUAUCUUCUGGAAGUUUCUGAAGGAGUGUAGACUGUCGUGGCCGGAAGAGCCAGAGUCAAGUGACACCAGCGCCCUCGAUGUACUGAUAACGCUCGCGUUCAAGUGGCAGGUUUCACUCUUCUUUCAAUUGAGACUACUGCGCUUGGGACCCGCACCGAAUUGGCGUUUGACUUUAGAUCCAGGCCCACUUGUACCGCUAAUGUACCAGCAUCAUCUCACGAUCAAAAAUACCGGCGGAUACGACAAGUACUGGGCUGCGUUCUUCUACAUUCUCAAGGGAAGGUAUGACAAGGACGCGACGAUAAACCAGACACUCAUAGAGACAACCAUGUUGUUGGAAGGGGACGUCUUUAGAAGACUCCUAUUCGCCAUGCGCCCACUUGGAGUCCAACAACUACUGGUGCCAAUCGAAAAGAUUAGACUCUACACUCCGCCUCUGGACUCGAAGCAGUGGCUACGGGCAUUGAAGCAGUUGGAGCUUCAGCCUGAGAUGGAAUCCAACGACCAGGUUCUCAUAGCCGACAAAAUCUUCUUCCAGACCAUGGCGGCCGUGAUGGCCUCGUACACGGACACCCAGCUGGUGUCCCUCAUUGCGUGGUCUUGCGUGCAGCUCCUGGCACCGGCAGUGGAUCUGCAGCUGGUCAAGUACCGGUACGACGAAGGUGUCAUACUUUACCGGCCAUACUUCUGCGAACGUUUUGUCGAGACCGCCUACCGACUCCUGGUGGUUGCUCUCACCUCUGUGUGGCGUUUCUCAAGACAGGAACGCGCCGUCAUCUCCGCAAACUUCGACCACCUGGUUGCAACCGCCAGCACUUUGGUCAAUGCCACAGACUGGCUGGAUGCCGAGAACCGACAACUUGCCUCCGCGAAGCUGACUUCGACACGCCUGCAGCUGUGGCCCCCAGAGCAUUUCCUGGAGAAGGAGGCACUCGACCGCAUGUACGCGGCUUUUCCGAGCGCCGAAUUGCCGUUUGCAGAAUAUUGGAUCCAAUCGAGUCGGUCUGCCGCUGAUACGUACCAUGCGAGUGCCAAUAUCGACGUCUUGAGCUACAUGGUCAACUACGAACUGCCGUACCUCUUAUACGAUUCUGCAAGUGGCGCAGUCAAAGUAGCUGUGGGUGCCAUUGCUCCGCCCCUGUACUACUCUGACGGGACCAAAGCUAUGUUCUACGGAGGACUCGGAUUCUCCAUGGCGGUGAAUCUCGUCGCAUCCAUGGAAAAACAGGGACUGAGGUGGCAUCCAAACGGCACUUUCAGCGACUCCUUUUUAUCCCACGCCGCUUCUCGAGCCUUCGAAGACCGGGACGGCUGCCUGGCGACUGCAGAGGAGGCUCCCGUCGUCGACUCCCCCACCUAUCACACCCGACCCGACUCCAGGGCCAGCGUCUUUCCCGAGAUUCCCGCACUCGAAGUGGCCUACGCAGCGUACAGGCGUUCCAUCAGCGAAAGCGACGGCGACAGUCCGCAGGCUAUUUCCCGGAAUCUCUCGGGCGAUCAGGUGUUCUUCAUGACGCUGUGCUACAUGACGUGCAGCCUUCCCGGAGCCGUGGGUCCACACACGGUGGACUGCAACAAGGCUGUGAGGAAUUCGGAGGCAUUCGCACAGGCUUUUCAAUGCCCGUACGGAUCAAAAAUGAAUCCCAAGAAGAAGUGCACAUUUUUCACCCGAUAAGUGCGGAGUGGAAAGGACCCAAAUCGCGCACGAUAUUUACCACGCCACAAGUGUGAACGUACAAAAUAUGCUUAUCAGUGUGAGACCAUAUACCUUUUGCCGGGACCUUGCAAUGCCUUAAAAUGUACUCGCCGUCUUUUUCAAAGCGAUGGCGAUUUUGCAUGAGGGCGUCAGCAGAGCAUCUGGCACGUCCUCUACGUGCCUUGUUCUGGCGUACGACGCACUUUUAAAUUCUGACGCGUUUCAUUUGGACGUUUCAUGGCGGUCCCGUUUGUUUGCUUUCGCUUCCUUCUUAUUGCCCGUUCUUAAGGUCUCUGACUGCUUUUGUAUUUAAAAAUUUUACGUUUAGUUAGCAACAAUGUGCCCAUCUGGGUGUGUCAGACGUCGAAAAACAUAGACGUCAUCUACCCCGUUUGCGGGCUGUUUGCAAUUUUGUUUAAUUUUUGUUUGCGAAGCCGGAUUCAUCAACGUGUUUUCGAAGACAAUGCCCAUUGCAUUUCUUGGAUGCGCUUAAAAGGAAAUUUUUUGUUUCAUCAAGACUUCCUUGGUAAUUCGCGGCUGCCUAGCGUGCGUUUUCUAUGCCCGUCUGCCCUGCACCAGUGAAUAUUCUGCAGUUGGCUGAAAGGCACCUGGUGCACACUUACGGAAAGCUUGAAACAAGCUAAUAUUUGAGAGGUUUGAACUGCUUCCCGAGCCAAAUAAUUCGUAUCAUUUCUCUAGUAACUGCCACACACAGAGUUCAGUGAAUAAAACCUUGUUUUUGUCGAA